ACAACAUGAAGAACCAACACAUCCUGACAAUCAGUAACCUGAAGAAGGAUGACUCAGCAGAAUACACAUUCACACUCCAAGAUGACCAUAGAUGGGUACGGUCUGAUUCACCUGGAGUCACUCUGGUUGUCACAGGCCUGAAAGUGGAGUUGAGUCCUUCUGCAGUGGUGACAGAGGACCAGAGAGUCACACUGACCUGCAGUACCAGCUGUCCUCUGACUGACAACACAAACUACAUCUGGUUCUUCAACAGUCGACCUCUGACCCCGACAGAGAACCACAACAAACACCUGGUUCUGGACCCGGUCAGCAGUCAGCAUGCAGGAAACUACUCCUGUGCUGUCAGAAGCCACAACAACAUCAGCUCUCAUGUAAAGACUCUCACUGUCCAGAGUAAAAGAGGACAAUGGACACCAGCAGCAGCUGCAGGAGUCUGUGCUGCUCUCCUGGUUAUAAUACCCCUCUCUGUCUUCUGCUGGAUCAGAAAGAAGAGGACUUCAGGUCAACCUCCAACAACUGAAACCUCAGUCCACAUGGAGCAGGUAAAGACUGGAGCUAAAGACUCUGCUACAAUAAAAAACACUGAAGUUCAGUAUAAAGUGAAGUUAUUUGUCUCUUUUCAGUUAAACCCUGGUCCUGUGUAUGAGGAGGGCUCAGCUCCACCAACAGAUCAGAAUGAUCCUAUCUACAGCAGAGUCCACUUCCCUCAGAACCACACAGAUCCUCUCUACAGCAGAGUCCACCACAUCCAGAUCCAGAACCGGAUCAUGUGCUCUACGCUGCUGUGA